CGCUCGCCGCCGCUCGCCAGUGUUGUAGAGGCGGUGAGUCAGAGAGGGUGUCGCGCGCUUUCUCCCGGUGGUCUGACUGGCGGUUGGUUUGGGUCGCCUCCAGGAGUGUUCUGACCGAAACCUUUUAUUUACCGUCCAAGGACUCCUUACUACUGCACGUUUAUGGGUGUGCGCCAGGUAUGGACGGCGGGAGGACUUCAGGAGAGGGCCGCGAGGGACGUGGCCUGGUGGCUGGGGUGAAAGCCGCCUUCAAAGGGCGCCCCAGAGGAUCCUCCAAGUCUCGUUCUGGCCCCCUUCACGAGGAGACGCCCGGGCCCUCCGCCGCGCCGCCCUCCACCGCCACCGCCGGGAGCGACAAAUCUCCCCGGUCUCCCAUUCUUGGCUGGAGGAAGUUGAAACACAAAGAAAGCCAUAAAGGAAAGGAAUGCCCAAAGAGCGAGGAGGCGCGGGGCAAUGAGAGGAAUGGCCAAUGCUCCCGCUCUCAGGCGCUCCGGCUGAGCCACCACAGCCUGCCGAACUAUACGAGCUAUGCAUUUAACUCCGGUCUGGGGAAGGUAGUGCCCUCGGGACAGCUGAAUGGUCGUGUUUACAAGGAGGCAGACUACUGGAUCCCGCCCAGAGCGCUGUCUCCUUCGUGGCACGCCGCCAAGUCAGUUAAAUUCAAUAAAGUGGAAGAAAAUGACUUAAAUGGUUCAAGUCAAAACGAUGAGUUGUCAGAAAAGUGUGUGAGCGACCUUGGGGUGUCUGAGGCGGCCCAGCGCGGCGGCGUCGAGGGUGUGAUGGCAGGAAGUGACAGGUGUGACGGACAGCCGGCGACGGUGAUGAUAAGCCACACCCGGGGGGGCGGCGGGGCGGCGGGGGAGGGGGGUAGUGACGCGGCGUUGUGCCAGAGUCAGAGCAAUAAAGAGGUGGUGAAUGGACCUGUGUUUAACGAUGAUGCAUUCCGAGACGGCAAAUAUUAUGACGAGCCGCCCCUGACCCAUGACCGCGAGCCAUGGCUCCGCUCCGCCCUACGCUACAGCCUGAGGGUCCCGCAGUGCCCGAGAAACGAGGUGGUCGUGCUGGCCCUCGGGGUGGAUCAGUACGUGGAGGAAGUGUUCCGGUUCCUGGACCAAUCUGGGGCGGGAAGGGUCGGCGUCGAGGACUUCCACGGCCUGUGUCGAAUCCUGGGGUUGGAGGAUGAGGGAGCGACAACGGAGAUUUACAAGUGCCGGUGUCUGACGCAGCUUGGUUCCGUGGAAGACCCUGCCGUCAGCGGUCCAAUGAAUGAAGUCUCCUGCCCCGCCCACAUCAGCUUCAGGGAGUUCCGGGAGAGGCUGUGUGAGGUGUUCAUCCGCAACGCCGACGCCCACAGCUUGCUGUCGCUCGGCGCCCGCAGGCCCGCCAACUCUCCCUUGGUGACCUCGGUGGUGAGUGUCCAGCGACGGUAUGAGGUUCUGGGCGCCAUCUCACGCAAGCUAUCCGAGGUGACGGCCCGGCUGAAAUGCGAGGAAGAGCGGCAGAAAGAAGAGAGCGGCGAGCCGGUGUGUGGCAAGUGUCAACAAGUGAUUCAUGUUGACCGCAACUCAAACAUUUCGCUUCGGCCUCGCGACGCUGAGGUUACAUACCUCCAGCGACAAGUUCUCCUCCAGCAACAAGAGCUGCAGUGUUUGCGGGAAGUCAUUGAUGACCUGCGCGUGGCCCUCCAGAGCUCGGAUGCUGAAAAUCUUGCGCUCCAGGUGCAGGCCCUGCGGCUGGCCCAAUGGCGGCAGCAGGCGUCGCUCCAGGAUCUGUCUCUCACCGACGAAGAGAACACUAUCGACAACCUGGUGCGGCAGCUCGCUGAACUUGACCCACAAUCCAUCAGCGCUGCCCCGGGGCCGCAUGGUGAGAAAAAAGAGGAGAAAGAAAAUAUAUCUCCUGUAAAGGAUGUUAAACAGCCACCUGCUCCCCGGGAACGCCUCAACACGGCAUAUGUGUCGGGGGAUGCCUCCCUGGAAAGCGAGCUGCAGGCUACAUACGAGGCGCUGCAGGCGGCACGAGAGCAGCAGGAGGCCACACAGGCUGACCUGCAGCAGACUGUGGGGCAGCUACAGCAGCGAGAGGCUGAUCUACAGAAGGUGGAGGACAGCCUCCAAACGGCUCAGGCUGCCCUGGGCCAGGCCCACACCGACAACCUCAGCCUGGUGACGGAGAUGGCGGAGGCACGCAACGGCCUGGAGGAGAGCCGCGGCAAACUGGCCCAGACGCUGAGUGACCUGCAGCAGGCGAGAGAUAUCAUCCUGCAGAAGGAGAAACAACUGGAGGAGGCUGAGGCCCGGCUGGACCAACUAAGAGACUCCAACGGCCAAAACCCACACCUCCACACACUCCCUUGUCUUCAAUCAAGCAGGCACGCACCUCCAGGACUCGGUCAACACUCGCCUUCCCAGGACAGGUCGCGCGUGGUGACGAGAGUGGGCGCGGCGCGGGAGCUGGUGGCGGGCAGUCUCGGGCAGGUGCGCGCAGGUGAACACGCCCUAGCUGCCCUCGCUGCCCACGCCACGCACGUCAAGUUGGAGGAUGCGCGGCGGGCGGACAGCGGCCUGUACAGCGAGGACAGCGAGCGGGACGAGGACACCUGCCCGGACCGGUCCUCGGAGCACGCGUCAGUAUCCGAGGAGGACUUAUGGUCUUUGCGGGGCAGCGAUGUCUCCAGCAAGUCCCAGCCCAGUCCGCCGACAGCCCAGACAGUGGCGACAACGUGGAUCACCGCCGACAGCACCAGCAGCACCGACAGCAGCGCCAGCAGCAGCAACAGCGGCAGCGACGACGGCUACAAGACGGAGGUUGGCGAGGCCUCCCUGCCCGGCAACACGUCCACCUCGUCCUCGCGGGAGAUCAUCGAGGGCUUGGAGCGGGAGCUGGAGUGGCUGCAGCAGACCCUGGAGGAAGCGGAGCGGGAGUGGCAGGAGGAAUCCCCGGAACCGGCUGAGGACGAUCCACUCCUAAAGGAUGAGUCUGUGAAGCUGCAGGGCGAGGCGCGUGAAGACGAAGGCGACAGGGAGCGGCUCUCCCUCCUCGAGGAUCAGCUGAAGCAGCUGCUGGAGGCGCUGAUCUCCGUAGCGGACAUGAACCUCUCUCGGCGCACCCUCGGGCGGCUCGUGCUGGAGGCGGUGCAGGACGCCUCAGACUCUCCAGCGAGCCCCGUGCGGCCCGGCGCGGAGGAGGAGGAGCCGCCGAUAUCCCUCCUCACCAAGCUGCUGUCCUCGCUGUCCUUCCACGCCCCCGACAAGCACCGGCAGGAGGACACUGACUGGCUCUUCCACAGUGCCCUCCGCGGCCUGACCCGCCGCUCCGAGGCCAGGGAGCGCGUGGAGGUCACCAUGGGCUGAGGCUGUGGCUCGUCAGGUCACGCUUUUCUCUGUUAAUGUAAAAACUCUUGCUUAAUCUUGAGGCAGACUGGGGUGAAAAUAUGCAUAUUGUGUUGUCUUGAGGCAUCGACGCAACACAUUCUUCGUCGGGACCCGCAGGGGUUUGGCUGAGGCUCGGGAGUAAGGGCACACAGCAAGGUCGGGGUCACUCGCCUCUUGGGCCGCAGACUGCACCUUGGUGCUCACGAGACUGCCUGACCGAGUGGGGAAAGAUCCGUGGCGACUGACUAGCCCAAAGCACCUCCAUCUAUGAGUCUUUAAUUGCUGGACUCGACACUGAGCAGGAGGACAAGAGUUUCAGUGCUGAGACCACUAAAACCUUAUCAAGACUUCUGACGAUGUUACCGUAAGUCUCCAAGCCUCCACAACCACCGAGAUAAAUCCAUCACUUCAACAUCGCUUAGAAGUCCUCGCCAGCACAGCACAGCGAUAACGAAACUCAAGGACCCUAUGGAAGAGACUCCUGAGACGCGAGAUCGAGGAGAACCAUACAGGGGGACGAGGCGGCGAGGGAGGGAGGCGGCGGCGCCGCUCAGCUCACUAUAUUGACGAUAGUGUUCCGGAGUGAGCACCAGCGACACUCUGCUUGGCCUCGGUCCUCGUUGCCGCGGAGGUGUGUGUGUGGCGAGACGAAAAAUGUUUGUCUAAGAAUCUGAUUAGUAUGAAGUCUGAUAUUUUUUUUUUACAACGUUGAUUUCUCGUUAGUUUUCUUUAAUAGCAAUAAUCCCUUCCUUCCUAGUCUCUCGGAGUUGCUUUAUUUUGUAGAUAUGUAAAAUAAAUGACAUAAUAACGAAAAUAU